UUUAUUCAGCGUCUGUGGUGCCAUAAGUGGAGUGUGAUUUCCAGUGUUUUUUUUUAAUUGUUGCAAUAUUCAAGUGAUUUAUCGCUUUUAGCAUCUGUGAUCUUCUGCAAAAACGGCCAAAAAGAUUUUUGUGCACGGCACUGACCACUGGCAAGUCAGCUGGUUGGCGUCGCGAACAGUUUUUUGACAGUGACACAAGUGCGGAAAGUUUGAGUUUUCUCUGCACUUACGAUCCAUAUUAUUUUUAUUGUUUGAAUACCGUUUAAAGGAAAUUGAGCCGAUUACCGGCAGUGGUGAAGCGGGAUAGUAAGUACGAUAUUCAUCGAUCAGUAAUCGAAAACAUUGCACCAGAUAAAAAUAGCGCUGCGCUUUGCACCAGAAAGGAAACGUCACCAUUCAUUCAUCAGGUGAUUGUCUAGCACAUGCGUGUAUAGAAUAGCGCCAACAUGGAACGAAUUUCAAAUUCCCUUCAUUCGGCCGGCCGUCGCGUGUGUGGAAGGAUCCAGCAAAUAUGCCGUCAGAAAAACUAGAGAAAAGUUCGAACUUUGUGCUGAAAAAACUGAACAUCAUGGAACAGAAUAAUUCCCAGGCCGAAUUGGUACGCGAAAGUGAGGACAAUAGUGAACAUGAACGGUCUUGGAGGGACGUCAAAUUGACUGAAUGGAUUUCAGUCAGCGUGUUGUGUUAUGUAAAUUUAAUUAAUUAUAUGGAUAGAUUCACCGUGGCAGGUGUGUUGGAGAACAUUCAAACAGACCUGAAGGUAAACAAUGAUAAGGGCGGACUUCUGCAAACAGCUUUCAUCGUUUUCUACAUGGCUUUUGGGCCGCUCUUUGGAUAUUUGGGCGAUCGAUAUAGCAGAAGAUGGUUGAUGGCUUUUGGAGUGGCAUUGUGGAGCUUAACAACUUUAUGUGGGUCUUUCAUGACCAACUACUGGUGGUUUCUACUGUUCAGAGCAAUGGUGGGCAUAGGAGAGGCCAGUUAUUCCACCAUAGCUCCAACAAUUCUUAGCGACUUGUUUGUAGGAAACAUUCGUUCGAAAAUGUUGGCUCUAUUUUAUUUCGCUAUUCCAGUUGGAAGUGGUCUAGGAUACAUAGUUGGUGCAGAAACAGCGAAAUUAUUCGGAUCAUGGCAUUGGGCACUUCGAGUGACUCCGGGUUUGGGCUUAUUGGCCGUAUUCGUCAUCAUAGUUUUUCUGCAAGAGCCAGAGAGAGGCGCGAGUGAAGGAAGCGGGCAUAUGGAGGCAUCGUCUUGGAUUCAAGAUGUGAAUGAGAUUAUUAAAUGCAAAAGUUUCAUGUUAUCCACAGCUGGUUUUACUUGUGUGGCCUUCGUUGCCGGUGCAUUAGCCUGGUGGGGUCCCAAAUUUAUCGAAAAAGGUGUGGCUCUUCAAGGAAACGGCGAUGGGGAUGAUACGAUCGCUUUCCGAUUUGGAAUCGUCGCCAUGAUAUCGGGCUUGGUGGGGGUUCCAGCAGGUUCGAUGCUCGCUCAGCAUCUGAGGCCGCGGAUCAGAAGAAUAGAUGCCUACAUCUGUGGCAUCGGAUUGCUUGCGUCGUGUCCAUUUAUAUUUUUGGCAAUUUUUGCCGCUAAAUUUUCCACGACGCUUUGCUUCACCAUGGUGUUCUUCGGGGAACUGUUUCUCAACCUUACUUGGUCUAUUGUUGCCGAUAUCUUGCUAUACGUCAUAAUGCCCAUACGAAGAUCAACAGCCGAAGGAUUUCAGUUACUCCUGUCUCAUGCAUUAGGGGAUGCUGGCAGCCCGUAUCUAGUGGGAGUUCUAUCCGAGGCCUUUCUGAUUAUGCUCAACGGAGAUUCCGACUCCACAGCUACCACAACCGAACUUACCAAUUCCACGGUAACAACCAUUAGCCCGUCAGCUUCAGAGGCUGCGGUAAACGAGUUCAAAUCCCUCCAAUACGCCUUAUUCACGACGUGUUUCGUCGAAAUACUUGGAAGCUUGUUCUUCCUUCUCAAUGCCCUGUACAUUGUGGAGGACAAAGAAAGAGUGGAAAGAGCGAUACAUGCUGAAAAUACCCAGCCACAUCAUACCGAAUUGACUGACCCGUUGGCGGCGGAUCAAAAUACUCAAAAUUUGUAACACGUAAUUCCGAGUCGUUGCUGAUAAACGAAGAUCAGCAACCUUCGUAAUAGUUCCACAAGCUUUAGUCUAUAAGAGGUCGAUGUUGACUAUUUACCAAUGAAAUUGUAAGGUGCAAAGUGCCGUUUGAUUUGUGUGUCGUGGAUUUCAGAAAAAAAAUGUUAUCCUACGUUGAUUAUAUUUGUAUGAAAUACUUGAAAGAGCGCAGUUAUAAGUAGCUCAGGAGACAAAUCAAUAGAGUAAGACCCGGAUGUAGAUGAGUUUUUUGCCAUUAAAUAUUCCCAUCUGAAUGGAAGACACCAUACAAUGUUCAACAGUUUAUAAGACCUAGAGAUAAGUUGCAACAAUCAUGAUUAAGUAUGUUUUUGCUGUAGGUGUGGAAAGUUCACUUUUGCGCUCUAGAUGCUGAAUGAGAUAAAGCAACUUUAUUUGUCUUAAUGAUUCGUAGGAGAGAGAGAGCUAUCGCUGUUUUCAUGCAUGCUUAGGAUAAGGAUUAAUAGAUUGUUAACUAUGGGAGAAAUAUUUAUUGCCUGAAGAACAGAGUACAGAGAGAGUAAUAUUUCAUAAAACAUUUUUAAAAAGACUCAUUAAUUAACUAAUUUUGUUAAUGCGAAGCUAUUAUUUAUUUUAUUUAUUUACCCAAGUAAUAUUGAGAAAAUGAACUUUCUUUGAUAAUGUUAAAUUUUAAGUUGAAAUAACUACAAUACUCUCUGUACAAUUAUAAAUUUGUACAUAGAAUAUUCUUUCCUACUUGCAUAGUGAGCAAUUAUUGGAUAUUGAUAUUAUUAAUUUAUUGCAAAUGUAAUGUUUUAGUUGAAGAAAGUGAAACUUUAUUGCAUGUUUCAAGUUCACUGGAGUGAGAAGAUUUGACUAAGUUUACAAAAAAUAGCCAACCUUUUUGGUUUCCAAACAUCACGUGCACUAUUUGUGGAUAAUGCUCACUGAAAAUGUUCCUGCUGCAAACGAACAAUAAAAAUGCUAUUGAGACCGGCAGAUACUUAAAGAACAGAUGUUUACAUCUAGCGCGUUGUUACAUGGAAUCGUCCACUAUAUUUUUAUUCCAAGUGAUAAAUAUCUCAAAUACCUAACAUUAAAAAAAGACGAUUAGAUCAUUAAUAAAUCGCUUUGUAUGUCUGCGUUAAAUCAUACUAUCACCACCAUGUUAUAUAAGUUUCACACUCAUCCUUAGCAUAGAAGCAAAUACCUAGCUUAACAAUAUUAUUACAUUAAUCUAAGGUUUUUAAUUUAAAACGUAUGGUGUAGGUGCAGUUGAUCGUGAAUGCAGAGCAUCGAUUAUAAUAUAAGUAACAGUACUUAUCAGUAUUCCUAAAGGAGCGAUACGUUGUAGCUUUUAUACCCAUUAAUAACAAACUAUGUUCACCAAAAUAUUCCAAUCUUGUCUCUACAGGCUGAUGAAUUAAAUUUAUUUAAUUGUUACAGGCAAGAGUGGAAUAGCUCGUAAAAACGCCUAAAUGGCGUACUAAUGUGAAGACUGAUUUUCCCCUAUGAAAUUAAAACCCAUAAUAAGAAUAUAUGGAUGAAACUAUCGGUUAUUAUUAUUUGAUUGUUUUCGUUUUAGGUGUAUUUUGCUUUUAAGGUCAUCAAAUUUGUAUGAGUAUAAUAAAAGAAUUGCUAGUAAA